GGGUGGCGGGAGAGGCGACAGUUGAGACACCGACACGGGUCGGGAGCUGCCCCUGUCAGUCGCCUGCCGUGGGCAGGCCGCGGCGGCAGCUUCUCUCCCGAAUAUGGUCAAGGGGCCGCUGCCGCCGCCUGCGUCCGGCCCCAGCCCAGCCUCGGUCGCCGCUUCAGACAGAGCACGAUGGCUCUGAUCGGAGAAGAGGACUACACCUAUAUUUACAACGAUCUUUCUCACCCUGUGGAUUUCCUGCAGGCUUUCAGAACAUUUUACCAAGAUGGCUUAUUUACUGACAUUACUCUUCAGUGUGCUUCUGAUGUGAUCUUCCUUUGCCACAAAGCUGUUUUAGCUGCUUGUAGCAAUUAUUUUAAGGCAAUGUUCACAGCUGACAUGAAAGAAAAAUCUAAAAAUCAGAUCAAACUUCCUGAGGUCAGCCACACUAUAUUGGAGUCUCUUGUGAAUUAUGCAUACACAUCACAAAUCCAAAUAACAGAGAAAAAUGUUCAAAGUCUCCUCCAAGCUGCAGAUCUGCUCCAGUUUGUGUCAGUAAAGAAAGCCUGUGAGCAGUUUCUGGUAAGGCAUGUAGAUACUGUCAACUGCAUAGGGAUGCACUCCUUUGCAGAGUAUCACCUUUGUUCAGAGCUAGAGAAAGAAUCUAGGAGGAUAUUGUUAUCAAGAUUUGAAGAAGUGUGGAGGCAGGAAGAAUUUCUGGAUAUCAGCUAUGAGAAACUCCUGUUUAUUCUCUCCAGAGAGAAUCUCAAUGUUUGGAAAGAAGAGGCAGCCAUAGAACCUGUAGUUAAAUGGAUAGCAUAUGAUGUGGAGAAAAGAAUUGAAUGCAUUUUUGAUCUACUGAACGGCCUCAAAAUAGAUUUAAAUGAAAUAUAUUUAAGAUCAGCCUUAAGCUUAAGAAAAAAACACCAGCUUAAUGAAAACAAGAUAAGGUCUCUGAUAUACAGUGCAUUAAACACCAACCCAAAAUACAUUUCCAAAAGGCCCACAGCAGCUAUGUAUGUGAUUGGAGGAUAUUACUGGCAUCCUUUACCAGAAGUCCAUGUGUGGGAUCCUUUAACUAAUGCUUGGAUACAGGGAACAGACAUGCCUGAUUAUACAAGGGAGAGCUAUGGGGUCACUAGUUUGGGACCCAACAUUUAUGUUACUGGGGGCUAUAGAACUGAUAACAUAGAAGCACUUGAUAUUGUCUGGAUAUAUAACAGUGAAACUGACCAAUGGACAGAAGGCUGCCCCAUGCUUAAUGCAAGGUACUAUCACUGUGCAAUUACCUUGGGUGGCUGUGUCUAUGCUUUGGGAGGCUACAGAAAAGGGGCUCCAGCACAAGAAGCAGAAUUCUAUGAUCCUUUAAUAAAGAAAUGGAUUCCCAUUGCAAACAUGAUCAAAGGUGUUGGAAAUGCCACAGCCUGUGUCCUGUGUGAUGUCAUCUAUGUAAUUGGAGGCCACUAUGGUUACAGGGGAAGCUGCACCUAUGACAAAAUUCAGAGCUACCAUUCAGGUAGCAAUGAAUGGAGAAUAGUCACUACAAGUCCACAUCCAGAAUAUGGAUUGUGUUCCCUUGCCUUACAAAACAAGCUCUAUCUUGUGGGUGGACAAACCGCAGUCGCUGACUGCUAUGACCCAGAACAAAAUGAAUGGAGGCAGAUGGCACAUACGAUGGAAAGAAGGAUGGAAUGUGGUGCAGUUGUCAUGAAUGGAUGCAUCUAUGUAACAGGAGGAUAUUCUUAUUCAAAAGGAACAUAUCUGCAGAGUAUUGAGAAAUAUGAUCCUGAGCUUAAUAAAUGGGAAGUAGUCGGCAAUCUUCCCAGUGCUAUGCGUUCACAUGGUUGUGUCUGUGUGUACAAUGUCUAACACAAUCUGAAUAUCAUAUGUCUGUUGCAAGAGAUAAGCAAGUACAGUAUCUGUACCAGUUCAGAUUACCACUUCAGCAAUGUAUUUAAUACAACCCAUUACUCACAUUUAAUAUAAAUCUGUAUACAAACCAGUAUUUAUUAAAAUUAACUUCAUAUAAUAUAAAUGCUUUGACAAUACUUUUGUAUAAUUUCAUUUUCAAAAUAAAUUCACCAGUUAUUGUUUGUCAUAAAGGUUUACAAAUGAUCUUUACAAAAUAUACUUCCUGUGGACAUAUAAGGAGUAAUGUAAAAAGACUAAUUUGUAUUAAUUAACCACUGGAGGGAACCAUGCUCAAGGUUUUUGUCAGAUUGCUAAGAGGACUAAAAAACAAAAGAUUUUGCAUUUCUCUGGACUACUUGGUUUUCAAGUGAAAUGUUUAAUAAUUUUAAUGUGGCUAUUAACACUUAUUGUUUAGUGACUGUCAGAAGGUGAUUGGCUUGUUAGGAUAUUUUGCUAGUCCGCUUUCAAAUCCCCACACAAAACACAGAUAGAAGGCAUUUGCCCUAGUGCUCUAGAAGUAAAAUAAUGCUCUGUGAUACAAAAGAUUCAAGUGUGAGACGUGGUCAUUCCUUUAUUCCUAUAUUUAAAAGGCACUUAGGGAGCAAUGGGAGAGGGCCUCACAUUGCUCCACAAUGACCUCUCAAGCUGAUUCAGGAAUAUUGUUGAUUGACCCCAGAUAAUACUAUAUCCUUGAUUGCAGGAUUGGUUAAGAUACAUGUGUUUUAGAGUGGAAAAGACCCUCAGGGAAGCUAAUGGACCCUCUGAGGUACAAACACCUCUGGUACAGACUAGAAAAACAGAAUUAUAUUUUAUAUAAUUGUUUUCACACCAGGAUCUCCAAAAGCACUAAACAUGAUUUAGUGAGUGAGGCAAACACAGCAGCCACAGGAACUCAGCAAAAAGUUUAGAGAUAGAAUACUGACCAGGACACUGGAUUUAUCCAUUACUCCUUUCAGAAGUGUGAUCUGGGAUCUUUACUUCUGCCUGGAGAGCUGUCUGAGAUCAGCAGAAAAAAGAUCAUUUUAACUAUCCAAUAUUGCAUUGUGAUCUCUACAAUGCAGCAAGGUAGUUUCAACACAGCAUAAGGUACAGGUACAAUCCAGAUGAAAGAUUUGAACCCAUGACCUUCUGACUCAGACAUCAUCAGUCUUACAAAUGUUUUGAGGUAUAAAAUGUGCCCUGUCACAUCUCAGGAAGCAUAUACAAGAUACACCUUUUGUUAAAUUGCAUUUGGUUGACUGUUGAUCAUUUCUUCAGAGAUUUUUAUGGUGUGCUGUUACUUUUAACAUGGGGAGUUUAAUUUUGCUUCUUUUCCCCUGUCAUGCACCCAGAUGUCAUGAUAAUAAUGUAUACAAUAAUUUAAAUAAUAUACACAAUAAUUUAAAUAAAUACACACCUACCUCACAGGGUAAUUAUUAUACCCUCUUUUGUUUUCUUUUUAAGUUUCACCACUGUAGUAUCUGGACACCUUACAAAGAAGAUACUAUAUCCUUUAGAAAAAAUAAAUCUCUUGCCCACUCCUUUAAAGCCAGAGCUGUCAGGGAUCUACCACUGGUUGUUGGAGGAAACACCUGCCUAAACAGGUUUUGAUGAUGUGAGAUAGAUGGAGGGUAAUAGGUAGAAAAAUAUUCUCCUUAUUUACAAAAAAUUGUAAGUAUAUUCUAGGAGAUUUCAGAUCAUAUAUGCCUCAAAUUUGUAAUUUCCCUCUAAUCUAAAAAUUUUGAAUUAUUCUUUUUUUUUUGCUACUCUUUUAUAUCAUCCUACUCUGUUUAUUGCAUUAAGCACUAGUAAACAUAUUGCACUAAACUCCAAGGUUCAGUUAAAACAGUAGAUUUAUUGACUUUUGUCUUGGUGUUUGCAAACUUCCCAUUCUGAGGCUCAUGUGCAUGUAGGUAAUUGUGAGCUGUGCUUAUUUAAAGCC